AUGGCUGUCUCUACUGCCGUUGCCGGCGGCCCCAAGCCAUCCCGCCGCAACAUCAUCGCAGAGUCCUCUGCUGAGUCCUCGGCCGCCGUUUCGCCUGCUGACUCGCCUCGCCCGUCCCCCUCGUCCACCUCGCUCUCCUCCCUCUCCGAGAUGGACAUUGAGCCCAAGCCCGCCUCCUACGGCAAGCUCAUCGACACCUACGGCAACGAGUUCUCCCCUCCCGACUACACCAUCAAGGACAUUCGCGACGCCAUCCCCAAGCACUGCUUCGAGCGCUCCGCCCUCAAGGGUUACCUGUACAUCCUCCGCGACAUUGUCUACCUAUCCACCACUUUUGCCAUCUUCUACAACUUCAACACCCCCGAGUAUGUUUCCAACGUCUACGUCCGCGGUGCCCUCUGGGGUGUCUACACCUUCCUCCAGGGCCUUUUCGGCACCGGUCUCUGGGUCAUUGCCCACGAGUGCGGCCACGGCGCCUUUUCCGACUCGCGCCUCGUCAACGACAUCACCGGCUGGGUCCUCCACUCUUCCCUGCUCGUCCCCUACUUUUCCUGGCAAAUCUCCCACAGCAAGCACCACAAGGCCACCGGCAACAUGGAGCGCGACAUGGUCUUUGUCCCCCGCACCCGCGACGAACAGGCCUCCCGCCUCGGCAAGCUGGUCCACGAGCUGUCUGAGCUCGCCGAGGACGCUCCCGCUUUCACUCUGACCAUGCUCAUUGCCCAGCAGCUCAUCGGCUGGCCUAACUACCUCCUGACUAACGUCACUGGCCACAACUACCACGAGAAGCAGCGCGAGGGCCGCGGCAAGGGCAAGCACAACGGUACCGGCGGCGGUGUCAACCACUUUGACCCUCGCAGCCCUCUCUACGAGGCCAAGGACGCCAAGCUCAUUGCUCUCUCUGACCUUGGCCUGAUUCUCGCCGGCUCUGCCCUCUACUUCCUCGGCAACAAGUUUGGCUGGUCCAACCUGGCCGUCUGGUACUUUGUUCCCUACCUCUGGGUCAACCACUGGCUCGUGGCCAUUACCUUCCUCCAGCACACAGACCCUACCCUUCCUCACUACCACACCGAGGAGUGGAACUUUGUCCGAGGCGCCGCCGCCACUAUUGAUCGCGAGUGCGGCUUCAUCGGCCGUCACCUCCUCCACGGCAUCGUCGAGACGCACGUUCUCCACCACUACGUUUCCAGCAUUCCCUUCUACAACGCCGACGAGGCCUCCGACGCCAUCCGUCCCGUCAUGGGCAAGCACUACCGCUCUGACACUGAGGGCGGCUUCUUUGGCUUCAUCGCCGCCAUGUACAAGAGCGCCCGUAUGUGCCAGUGGGUUGAGCCCUCGGCCGAGGCCACCGGCCAGGGUAAGCACAUUCUGUUCUUCCGCAACAAGAACGGUCUCGGCACCAAGCCCGCCAAGAUUGCUGCCCAGUAA